AUGGGUGACGCCGCAGCAACUCUGAAGUUGUCUGCCCAGAAGCUCGAGUCAGGCUCCGCAACAACAAUUUCUUUUCAUCACCUUUGGAAAAUCACGACAAGUUGGCAAAAGAUGGCUGCAAAAAAUUUUCAAGUGAAAUAGCAACCGCAAAAGAGCAGGUCGCAAACGUUGGUGACAAUCAAAAACCCCAUCAAACUGGAUCAACAUCGCUAGAAAGAUCUUCGCUUGCAUCCUCCUCAAUCGUCUCAACGGCCAUCUCGAACAGGAGCUUUUGCCGGAAAGUCACCGCGGAACCACCGAAAUAAUCUUCACCGUUCGCCAGCUGCAAAAGAAGUGCCAAGAAAUGCGGCCCACCCUCUACGCAACCUUCGUGGGUAUGGCGGAGGCCUUCAACACGGUGAAUCGCGAUGGACUGUGGAAAAUCAUGCAGAAUUUCGGCUGUCCCGAGCGAUUCACGCACAUGGUGCAUCAGUACUAUGAGGGAGUGAUAACGCGCAUCACGGACGGUGGCACCGUUUCAGAAGCAUUUACAGUAACCAACGGAGUGCAGCAGGGCUGCGUACUCCCCUUAACCCUCCUCAGUCUUAUGUUUUCUGCCAUGCUCAUGGAUGCCUAA